AUUCCCACCAAGUUAGGACAGUCUCCGAACAGGAGACUCGCAAAGUUGAGAACAUAACUUAGUUAACUUUCUUAGUGCGCGUUGCUGGAUCUUCAAAGAUGAGAAACAAUACAAGGUUAAGUUGUGGGAGACAUCAUGGUUAUUUAAUGUUACUCGGGGCUCUGGCAGUUACGUUAUCCAGUUACUUUGGACAAGUGAUGAGUUUGCCCACUGAUUUAAACCAGUGGCCUACGUUCCCUAGAAGGAACAUCGCGGCAUUAGCACGUGAUGGUUAUCUGAAGCAUUCCUUGCCGAGCUACAAGAGAAGCAUCUCAACUCUAGCAAAGAAUGGCCAAUUACCAACCUUCAGGUCUCCAUAUGAUGAAACUGAUAAACAGGAACAAGAUGACGAUGAAUCCCAUGAAAAGAGAAAUAUAGCUUCGAUUGCACGUCUUCGUAGCUAUGCUGCGAUGAAGAGGAAUAUCCAAGCCCUGGCCAGAGAUGGAUAUCGUGCUGGCAGAGGACAGUACAAUCAACCUAAUGACAAACGUAAUCUAGCUUCUUUGGCUCGCAAUGGCAUGAUUCAUAAGAAGAACGAGAUGAGUGGCGAUGAAUAUUAUUUCCCCUUUUAUCAAAACCCUAUUCCCCCUCUAUCAGAAAUUGAUGGACCAUAUGAUUUAAACGAAAUGUACGAUUUCCAACAGUCUAUAAACCCUGAUAUGCUCCCACCCCUAUCUCAGGUUUUUAAGAGAACUAAUCCCUUAUGGCUACCACAAACAGAUCCCGCUGAAUUCGAAGUAGAAAACAACAUUAAUUAUAAAAGGGGUGUUAUGGGAAUGCCUGUUCAUGGACUGUACAGACCAGCAAUCAUGGAACCAAACGAAGGAAGUGUGAGGAACAAGCGAUACAUCUUAUCUUUGCCGGAUGUUUUGGAUCACAAUGAUGUUAAUGUCCCAGAGAAUAAUGAGAAUACAAAUGACGAUGACAAGCGUUCCGUUGAUGAAGAUAACGAUGUCCGUGAAACAUUUGAAAAGCGUCAUAUCGGUUCAUUGGCUCGGUUAGGUUUGCUUCCGUCAUUUAGGUUCUCAGGAGGGCGUUAUAGCAGGUCUGGUAGAGCCAGACUGCUCUUGCCCAGCCAAGAGUUAUACAGGAAGCAUUCCUCUGACGAGAAUUUCGGAAUUAGGGAAUAUCUCUCUGGUGCCGAAACUGACGUCGAUCCAGACGACGCCGACUUACCGCCGCCGGCAGUAUCUCCUCACUCGCACCCGACAGGAAGGCUCCUCCACCGACCACUAAACAACGACCUCCCGAACGUGUCCAAUGUCCCGCUACCUUUCCCCCCACCGCCGUACCCGCGACCCAACUUCGUCGACGCCCUAACAAAGAACAGCUGGCAAUCCAACAAGGAAGUUCCCAAAUUCUACAAUUUUAGGUCUUUGAAAAUUCCGUAUCACACGUCAGGGAAGAGAUAUCUUCUGUUGCCGGCUGUGGAUAACAUUCUCCUGAGGAAGACUUACCGCAACAGCAGUCUGCCGAGUCGUCGUAAGAACCAGUAGCUAUGUCAGUGUCCGCUGGAUGACGCCCGGUUACUCGGCAAUGGACUGUGAAGUGAUAAACUAAUGUACCGAGGGACGACAUUCCGCUACUUUAUUUUGAGACAUUUUCUAUUUCGGAGCUUACACAUGUUUCUUUAAGCAUUUCAUACAUUUUGCAAGUUCUCUUGCUAUACGGGACGAAUGAAAUUAAUGUAGACAAUAAUCAUUCAAAUGAUAAUUAUUCUUAAACAAUUGAUGUUAUAUGUUGUGACUACUAUGAAUAUUCUGAUGAUUAAUUAGUAAAUUCUAGUGUAUAAGAGAUCUCAAUUUUGUAAACGACUUGGCCAGCUUAUGACAGAUAUCGUCUAAGAAAAUAACUGUAGAUAAAUUUUUAGGAUGUCAAUCGCAAAUAUUAGGUCACUCUUCUUAUAGUAGAGAUAUAUAUAUAUUAAGUAGUUAAAUAUUUGAUAUAUUAAGCUCUAUAUUAAACUAUAUACAAUAUAGUAUAUUUAUAUCUCUUCAGUUGGAUUUUUUGACUGAUGGAAAAGAACUGUUUAAUCAUCAAGCUUCCAGUAAAGGGUAUAUACAAGAUAUGAUGUGAUAUGUAGAGAAAUUUUCUCUGAGUUUUGAAAAACAUAUCCAUGUCUCUUAUUUGACUAGAAUUAGCUGUGUUUGACAAAUAAAUGAAUAUUAAAUAUUUCAAAAACAUACACUAAGCUUUAACCGGUCAAAGUCAAAAACCUUUCCAAUAUAUAUUGUCAUUUAUUAAAAUGGACAAUAAAAAUGCGACCACGGCACCAGAUAAUAAUAUUUUUAAACAUUAUACUGUAGUUCUAAUCUCUUUCCUAUAGAUAUAAAAUAUACCAGAUACCAUGUUUAAACUUAGUAUGGUGUUGGUUGUAAAUAAAAGGUUUUGGUCCAA